CUGCUCAGAAGCUCUGCCAUCUGCUGGGGAUGAAUGUAAUGGAGUUUACCAGAGCCAUCCUGACUCCCAGGAUCAAAGUGGGGAGAGACUACGUCCAGAAAGCUCAGACUAAAGAGCAGGCGGACUUUGCUGUCGAGGCCCUGGCUAAAGCUACAUAUGAGCGUCUGUUCCGCUGGCUUGUCCAUCGCAUUAAUAAAGCCCUGGACCGAACCAAACGGCAGGGUGCCUCCUUCAUCGGUAUCCUGGACAUUGCUGGUUUUGAGAUCUUCCAGCUGAACUCGUUUGAGCAGCUCUGCAUCAACUACACCAACGAGAAGCUGCAGCAGCUCUUCAACCACACCAUGUUCAUCCUGGAGCAGGAGGAGUACCAGAGGGAG